AUGGCUGAUAUCAAUUCUUAACGAAAAAGUGUUUAAAAACAAGCGUAUAUUGAUGAUCUAUUUACUAAUGACAAUGAAAUGGAGGAUGAUAAAGAUAUAAUAAAAAUUUAUAACACUGCCAAGAGAGAAAGGAAAACAAUUGAGGCACACAAAUAACUUUUGGAUAAUAGAGUAGCCUUGUUGAAAUAGGAAGAAAUACGCACUCUGAAAAAAAUAGAGGAAACCAGAAAAAAAGCAUUAGAAAUUUAUUAUUUAAAGAAAAAAAAUGAAGAGAAGCUUAAAAAAAGAGAGGAAGAAAAGGAAUCUCUAUAAAAAAAAUAAGAAUAAUAACAACAAAUUAGAAAAUAAUAAGAAAAAGAGCAUAAAUUAUUGAUUUAGAAGCACAGAAAUGAAAAAGCACAAAAAGCCUUUAUUAUAAAAGAUCAAUCCAAGAAAAUUGAAUUGAAAAAAUAAAAUAUUUAGAAACAAUCCUUGACUUCUUUAAAGGAAAAGAAUUAAAUUAUGAGAGAAUCCAGAGAUAUAAAUAGAGUUAUGGAAAGAAUAUAGAUGGAAAAGAGAGAAGCAAUUAAGGUUUAAUUAGGAAGAAAGUUAGAUUCUGAACAAAAACUUAAAGAAAUUAAGCAAAAAGAAAUUGAGUAAAUCGAAACCUAUGAAAUGGAUUUACUUUAAAAAUUGUAAAAUACAUAAUAAAUGUAAAAAACAGCCUUUGAAGAAUUAGAAUCAGCUUUGACUAUGACAGCUAAGGAAUUUGCUGAAAAAUAUUUGCAACCUAAAUAAAAGGAUGAUUAGAAUAAGGAAAUCUCAAACUUUAAUUCAGAUGAUGAUGAAGCUAACAAAGAUAAAGAGCGUCCUCACAUUAGUGAACCUUCCUAGGACUAGUCUUCGAAAAUUUCUAUAUAAUAGAUUAAUGAAAUUCAUGAUUAACAUCAAUAACAUGAUUCUAAAUAAGAUGAAGAUAAUGAUUAAAAUGAGAAUUAGAAUUAAAAUUCAAAGGAGGAGAACAAUUAAUAAAAUCAAAAUAAUCUAUAAUUAGAUGAGUAAAAUAAAAGUUAAAAUGGAGAUCAAAAUGAGAUUCCAAAUCUUCUGGAAUCUCCAAAAAAUAAAAUAGAGUAGGAUUAGCAAGAAGAAAUAUAGAAUGAAUGA